UGGACAAUAAUAUAUAAGUACUUUUCAUAACUCCUAACUCUAUGUUUUCUUCUCCUUCAGCUGAAAAAAACUCCAUGGAUUUGGUUCAAUCUUCGGAACAUCUUUGCUACGUUCGUUGCAACUUUUGCAACACUGUUCUUGCGGUUGAAAUUCCAUACAAGAGGCUAAUGGAUACUGUGACAGUGAAAUGUGGGCAUUGCAGCAACCUUUCUUUUUUAAGCACUAGACCUCCAAUUCAAGGCCAAUGCUUUGAUCACCAACCCACUCUUCAGCAACAGGGUUUUUCAAAUGAGUUCAAAAAGGGCCAAGCUUCAUCAUCUGCCUCAUCAACUUCUAGUGAAUCUUUGUCUCCAAAUGCUGCACCUUUUGUUGUAAAACCUCCUGAGAAGAAACACAGGCUUCCAUCUGCCUAUAAUCGGUUCAUGAAGGAGGAGAUACAACGUAUCAAAGCUGAAAAUCCAGAGAUACCACAUAGAGAAGCUUUCAGUGCAGCUGCUAAAAACUGGGCUAGGUACAUUCCUAAUGGUGCGCCAAAGGGGUCCCCGUUCGAAAUCACCAACAAUUAAUGUUUUGAUGCUGAAUUGAAGCAAACUCUGGGACUAUAUAUGUAAUGAUGUUUUCAGUUAACUAAUUGGAAAAAACAUUUAGGAUCGAUAUUUGAGUUUGUUGUACUUGUCUUCAACCUGAUUCUUAAUUAGUAUCCAUCUGCUAUUCCAAUUAAGCUUUAGUAAAGCAGAGUGUAUCUUAAUUAACUCUUAUGCUAUGUUAUGUCUACUGCUUAUUAACAACUUCCUCAAAUUUAAAAUUUUAGUUUAUUACUAAUCUCAAAGCCUACUUUUUU